AAAGCCCCCAGAGAAUUUAAAAGUGCACCAAAAAUUACACCAAAUCUUAUUCCAUACUUAUUAAACAAUUUUAUAGAAGGAAUCAAUAAAAUUGGACAUGGUGCGAAUGUUAUCCAUAAACAUGCUGAGGAAAAUGUAAGUAAAGAAAAACCUAACAAGAUCAACCAACGAUAUGAUGAUGAAAAUUUGGCAUUACUAUUAAAAGCAGAUGGCAAUAAAGGGCUAACUGCAUCUAUAGUAUCAUCAUCAUUAGUGAUACUAAAGUCAUUAUCAUCAAUAGAUAUUAUAGGCGAAGACAUUAUAAUAAUCACUUCUUAA